ACGUUUAUAGCGCGUAAAUGCCCAAAUCUUACCGUGUCACUCUUUAUCGCCCGUGUCGCCUCUGUCUCUUCUUGGAAAGCACCAAAAAGCAAAGUUACACAUUCAUUCAAGACGAUUUAUCUAGGAUAUAAAAAUCUUACAAGAUAUUACAAUAUUCUAAAUUUGUAAUCAUUUAUAUAUUUAAAAAAUAACCUUUAUUUAUACAUUUAUAAUAUAAGACAUUAUAUAUACAUAGUAUGUCAUUGAAAUGGAAUAUUUCUCUGUCAAAGAAAAUGAUUGUUCAUCACAAAAAUCAUCACGAAAAAUUGGUUUAUUUUUAAUUGCAGCUACAGGUGGAAUUGCAACAGCAAUUAGUGUUGUGUGUUUUCCAUUUAUAAGUCCAGCAUUUCGGAAAAUAUGUUUACCAUAUGUACCAGCUACACAUCAACAGAUAAAAAAUAUUACCAAAGCAUUAAAUGGCCGUUCUGGUUCCUUAAUUGAUCUUGGUAGCGGAGAUGGACGUAUUGUUCUUACAGCAGCAAAGCUUGGCUUUAAAGCUCAUGGCAUUGAAUUAAAUGCUUGGCUGGUAUGGUAUUCGAGAUUGAAAGCAUUCAUAAAUGGUUUGUCACAAAAUACUGCUUUUUUUAAACAAGAUUUAUGGAAAUAUAAUCUGAAAGAAUACAACAAUAUUAUUAUAUUUGGUGUAGAUCAAAUGAUGGAAGAUAUUGAAAGAAAGUUUAAUAAUGAAUUAAACAAGGAUUCUUUUGUAAUUGCAUGUAGAUUUCCUCUUCCUAAUACGCAUCCUAUUAUGACAAUUGGACAUGGAGUUGAUACUGUUUGGGUUUAUAGAGUACCUCCGAAACAAAUUUGAAGUAACAAAUAUAUUUCCAAGUUGGACUCUAGAAAAGGUAUGCUUAAAUGGAUUAAUAGAGUGCACACAGUUAAUUUUCCUUGUCUCUUCAAAAUCGACAAAUGUAAUAAACUUGGU